CGGCAACGACGACAGCGGCGGCGACGGCAGCCCGGUGCGGCGCAGCUGCCGAGAGCGUCGUUUUCGCUGACGCAACAUCGAUCGCGCACCACCACGGGUAUAACCUCUGCAUUUCCCGACAAAUUCUAUCGCGACCUUGUGGAGUUUUGCCUUCAAAGAAAAUUCGCGUAAAACUGCUUACCAGCCUACAAUUUGGUCGAACGUCUGAAUUUCCGAUCGCAUUCGUUAUCGUUCGUCGCGACUUCCGAGCAAGUGCUCCGCAAAGUGAAAACCACGAAGAACUGUGGAGUUUGAUAGUUUAUGCGACUCCACCAACGAAAGGAAGCGAGGGAUUACGGUUUUCAGGGUGAAAAUUCUGUGACGCCGCCCCCGAUGCGUCACUGAAUGCGUCUCGCUGCACUCUUUCGCACUCUUCAGUGAAUCAUUGAUGGCAUUUGAAUCACAGUACUCUACCGCUGAUCCAAACACUGUGGAGGUUAAUACUUAACAAAGAAAAGAAUAAAAAGCCUAUGAAUAGUCAUCAAGGAGCAUGAAUGGUCGUGACUCGUCGGCGGCUGCAUCGACGCGAGACUCUACCCGAUAGUGGCGUCGAUCGCAGACGUCGACGACUGACGUCAUUUUCAUCAUCGGCUCUAACUAAACUUAACAACGACUACACAUCGAAGCCAUGGAGAAGCAGGAGUUUUUUGCGAAUCUACAUUAUUUGCCGAUCGCCGUCUUCAUUUCCUUGCCUACGAUCUUCAUUUUAACAUAUGUAAUCGCCGUCUUAUUAGGACACGUAGAAGCUGGUUUUCCUUAUAUCUCUGACGCAGCAACUUAUGCACCAGAAAGUUGUAUUUUUUCUCAAACUGUCAACCUGAUCGCUAUUCUCAUGUCUGUUAUGAUCUACGUAAGAUAUUUUCAAGUUAAGGAGUGCACUAAUACUUUCGGCACACCGGCUUCUUUGCCGAAGUGGAAUCGCUGGGCCUUAAUUUUUGGCCUCAUAGCGACCAGCGGUCUAUCAAUUGUCGCGAACUUUCAAGAAACUUCAGUAAUAGUAGUUCAUCUUAUCGGUGCGGUGCUCUGCUUCGGAGGUGGUACCGCGUAUUUUUGGACUCAGGCUGUAUGCUCAUUUUACUUGCAUCCAGGAUGCUCAUUACGGCUCGCGCAUCUUCGUGCGGCAUUAUCAACCUUUUGUACAGUGUGCUUCUUCGUGAUUCUCAUCACAGGCGUAUUGGCCCAUCUGGCCUACAAGGGAUCGAAUCCCCGAAAAUGGUACAAGGAGGAUGGCGGCUGGGAAUUGCACGUGGCUAGCACAGUAACCGAAUGGCUUUGCGCAAUGGCGUUUUGCGCUUAUAUUUUGACAUUCACAGAGGAGUUUAGAGAUAUCAGGAUACGCCCUCCAAAGGUGGUGAUAUGUAACAUGCAUCGCUUGGCAACGAGUAACGAAGCGCUGAACGAAAGCCAAGACACCGCCGCGGUUCACGAUGGGGCAAAUCCAUCGAUCAGCACCUGAUCGCUCAUAGGCAGAGGCGCCGGUGGCUACAUCAAUCUACUUUCGCACUCGCCGGUCGACACACCCUGUCCCGGCUAUCGAUACCGCGAGUCCAGGGAUAACCUGCUGGACGAAGCGGCGCCGUUGGUGGCCACGACGCCGCCGGCGUUGCGUAACGACGCCGAAAGGAGUCCCGACGUCCUCUGCCCGGUACAAAUACACGUGCACGAUCCCACGAUACGCGAACGACGACGACAGCCUAGAAGUCACCGGGCCGAGAAACGGCACCGAAGAGCCGUCGAGGAUGGCUCCAGCAGAUGGAUCGACCUCGACGAAAAUGUGCUGGACAAUUACAUCCUGAUAGACGACAAGAAUCUCGGCCCUUUGGUUUCCGAUAUUGACAGUGAGGAACUACCAUAUCCCGAGGACGCUACUGAAUACGACGACGGCGAUAACGAUGACGAGGAAGACACCGGCAGUCAUGGCGGACGCGAAUGGUCGAUGUACAAACGGUUGAGCAGAAAUGCUUCGAAGCGAUGCCGACCUGAAUUCGAUCUCGGCGCGACCUACCCGCUUGCGAACAGUCACGGAAACGCCUAUCAAGAUUCAAGCAGCCACAACAAGUACACGGAGCUGUACUCGACGUUCCGCAGCGCUAGGAACAAUCCCGAUAUGAUGCGCGAUCUCAACAUGAUGCCGUACGCGGUGGCGAACAGCCACGGCGAGCACGGCGAUCCUACGAUGGACAUGCGGAAUCGUGGUUACAGGGAAAGCUCGGAAAGCGAUAAUCUGGCCUGGGAUGUGCGGCCAACGGACGUGAAUUAUGAAAUAGCCAACAGCCACAGCAAUUACCGCGUGUUCUACGACAGUCAGACACAACAUCAGGCCGUGCUGCCGCCCUGGUCCUCGGAAAUAUGGUCGGAAAAUCGCCACGGGCAGCCUCACGUUACGUCGGAGGAGGAUGUUAAAGAGAAUAUCGAGCAGGAGCAGGGCAAUGACGAGGCGAAUCAAUCGGAAAAGAAAACCGAGGAGGAUUCGGAAACAACUUGCGACAUCGAGCAAUGCUUGGUAGAAAUCGAAGAAAGUCUCCUGAACAUCGAGCAGAAUCUUCUUCACGUUCAAGAUCUAGACAUACCGGAGCUGAGAAAUCUGCUCUACAAAAGCCCGAGCAUCGAGCGAAGUCUCUUCGAAGUACAGGACCUUCUUUACACCGACGGCAUCGUUCCGGUCAUCGCCAGGAACAAAUCCAUGUCUCUCAUUUCCGACGAAGAGGAGGAAAACGAGGAGGAGGAGGAGGAAGCGGAUGAAGAGGAGGUAUGGGUAGGUCAGAACGUAACGAUCAAAGACAACGACGAUGAUGACGGGAACGCGGGCGCGCCUCUUUUAAACGAUUCGAACGAAGAGUCUUCGGAUACGGCCAACAUUACCGAGCGUAAUCUCUCAAGAUCGGCCGAUGAUCACCACGUCGACUGGCACGGCGGAUCGAGCAAGUUGCCGGAAGAGGAGAAAGACUCGAAUCUCAAAAUAAAUCUAGAGGAAACAAUUAAUUUCGUGCCUAAUAGCCUUGGCAAAACUCUGCCGAGGAGGAUUGUUCUGGACGAAGUUAAGGAGAACAUCAGGCUGUGUUCGUCGAAAUCGGAAGAGCCUAUGAUCACGAUCGAUUACAAUCUGAAUAGCAUGUGCGCCGAGAAGAAAUCUCUCUUCCGCGACAAGUGGCACAGCAGAACAAACUCAUUGGACGAGAACUCGAUCUUCCAGAACUCGGAACUCGACAAACAAGAGAACGGUAAGUCUUCGCUGCAGAAUCUCUUCCUAGAGUCCACGGGGAAUCGUCGUCUCGCGGCCAACGCGAAAGCGCGGUCGGAAGGCACGUUGCAGACAAAUCAAAACAAACGACGUAACAGAAGAGGAUCCCACGAGGCAAAACUUUUGCAGGCCGUUGAAGCGACGGCGGAGGAUUUUCGAAAAAAGCUCGAAAGUUUUGCAUCGCAGCGACGAUCCAUCCUGGACAAACAGAAGAAAAUGAAGUCAGCGAAGGAAGUGUCGGACAGUGCGGCGUCACGCUCGAGAGAAAAAUCGCCCGUGAAAUCAAAGCGAACGGUCACGGCGGCCGCUAAAGCGCAAGACAAGGACAGCGGUGCUGGUAAGAGUGCGGAUAAACGGAAACGGAAAAAAGUGCCAGGGAAAAAUCAAAGUGCUUCGGAUAACGCUCUGGUACCGAGUAAACUAAUUUCGCUCUCGUUGUCGCUGCUUCUUGCGGCUCUCCUGCAGGCAGUCAGGUGCUUAACGGAUCUAGUCGAGGAUGCUUUCAGAUCGGUUAGUUACGAUAAAAGCGGGUUGCUGCAAUAAAUCGAAUCUCUUUCCAAGAAAGGCGCUAACAGCAAGUAUUAAUAUUUACGGAUACCUAAUAUAACCACGUCAACGAUCAAUUGCUCGCAAUCGUCCGAGAGUUAUCCAAUAUCUGUGAUAAACGCUAUGCUUCGGAUCCUCGGCGAAAUUGCACCCUGUAUUCCCCGCCGCUUCCAAAGUACCGAGUUUAAUCAAUCUCGGAAUUCAUCCUGUUAACGAGAAACGAAAGUGAUUCUAAUGGAUUUGUCGAGAGCACGCGCUGUGAAUUUCAUUAUCUGACGAACGAAUUGGUCUUACUGGUAAUGGAAACUCGGCAAUCUUCCGAAACGUGAGAUUGAUACGGGUUUUGUGUGCAGAUGUAUGCGUUACAUGAAGACAAGACGUGACGAAGCGAAAUGCGAUAGUGCACGAUAAGUAUAACUUCUAUCGACGGUGCUGAAUACGGGCUAAACGUGAAUGAUGUUUAGUAUUACGUAUAUAUGGUCAAAAGUGCCUAAAACCCAUCGCGUAUCACAUACGAGGUGUAGUACACAAUAUACUAUUAAUAACACUAUUUAUGUCUACCUACAUAAAUCUCUUUUUUCAAGGUGUAAGAGCAUUGAAAGAAAAUAAAGCAAAGCCAGGAAGACAAGA